AUGGCCUCAAUUGGCCUCAGGUCCUCCUCGACCAGAGUUAUAACCCUUCGAUCCUCCCAUUCUCUCCUCCCACGUCGACUAAACGCAACACAACAAUACCUCUCCAACUCAAGAUGGUACUCCAACUCGUCAAAGCCCUCCACAAGCAGCUCGGCAAGCUCGGAUGAAUCCAUCGCAAACAGCGCAUCCUCAGAACCCAAAGCCAGCAAACUCAACAUCUUUAGCACAGAAUGGGAAGAUCUCGAUACAAAGAUCAGUAGCUUUUCCGACCUUCCCCAUCGUCUCUUUGGCGCAAAUCAACACAUGGUCAUCAACUACGAACUCAAAGAAGCUUUGCGCCUCAUGCUGCGACAGUUUAACGCGCCUAUAAUGUACUCUUUCGCAUACGGUUCUGGUGUCUUUCCUCAAUCAGCUUCCAAAGCUAGUAUAUCCGAGUCCGACUUUCGAGCUGUUCAUCCGAAUCCCCCAGAGGCGCUCAUCAAGUCGCAAAAGGGUACGCCGAAAGUGCUGGACUUUAUCUUUGGUGUGUCGCAUGUUGAGCAUUGGCACUCGAUCAAUAUGAAACAAAACCGACAUCACUACUCUGGUCUUGCGUCUUUGGGAUCCGGCGUUGUAUCGCGCGUGGGAAAUUGGGGUGCUGGUGUUUACUUCAACCCGUUCGUAGAGGUCAACGGUAUGCUUAUCAAGUACGGCGUAACGAGUAUCGACAAUCUUGUUCACGACCUUUCUUCCUGGGAUAGCUUGUAUCUUGCUGGCCGCCUUCAAAAGCCCGUCAAGAUUCUUCGCGAUCAUCCUCGUGUCCGACUCGCCAACCAGCACAACCUCAUCGCCGCUCUUCGAACUGCUCUCCUCCUCCUACCUCCCAACUUUACAGAAGUAGAGUUAUACAGUACCAUCGCAGGUCUCAGCUACUUAGGUGAUCCCCGUAUGGCUCUACCUACAGAGAAUAAGAGCAAGGUGUCAAACAUUGUCGACAACAACAUCGUUCACUUCCGCCGUCUGUACGCCCCACUCGUCAAGACGCUCCCUAAUGUCGACUUUACUGGACCCUGCCGCAUCGACGAUACAGAUUGGAUCAUGAACCCUGAUCCCGAUAAGGGACUCCAACAGGACAUGGACCCCAUACGUCGCGGCAACAUGGUCAGACGCCUACCCCAGACCUUCCGAUCACGACUCUACUUCCAGUACCAGAAGCGAUUCGGUAUUCCCCGAGGAGAGUUCAACGAGCUCAUGAAGGCGUCUACGGAUAAUGAUGGCACCGCUGUGAAAAAGAUGCAGGGCGGUGACUUUGAGCGUCGCAUCGCCACCGAUGAACCCCAGAAGCUUCACGAGACGGUGCGCAUAGCCAUCAAGCAGACAGUGAACUGGCCGAGUACAGUACAAAGUGCCAAAGGACUUUUGAUGGGUGGUAUCACAAGAACAAUGCGGUAUCUCGGUGAAAAGUACUCCAAGUACAAGAAAGAUCAAAUGAGCAAGACAAAAAAAGUUUCCGAAAAUUCAGAAAAGUCAAACUGA